UCUGCCCCCACUCUCCGCCCCGGCCGCCAUUGCCUCGUGCCCGCGCUGGUCGGUUGGUGGCGCCUUUGUCCUACGGCGGGCAGGUGGGCUGAGGCGGAGGCGGCAGCGGCGGGCCUAAGGCGAAGAAGCGGCCGGAAGCCCGCCGCGCUGGUAGCGAUAUUAAUAAGGCAGCGGAAAGAAGAAAUAUGAAUACGGCUCCAUCAAGACCCAGCCCCACACGAAGGGAUCCAUAUGGCUUUGGAGACAGCCGAGAUACAAGACGCGAUCGAUCCCCCAUUCGAGGAAGUCCAAGAAGAGAGCCCAGGGAUGGCAGAAAUGGCCGGGAUGCUCGAGAUAGCAGAGACAUGCGAGACCCCCGAGAUUUGCGGGACCACAGAGAGAGCAGAGACAUUCGGGAUCACAGAGACAGCAGAAGUAUGCGUGAUGCUCGGGACAUGAGGGAUCCUAGAGACUUUCGUGACCUAAGAGACUCUAGGGAUUUUCGAGAUCACCGGGACCCCAUGUAUGACAGAUACAGAGAUAUGAGAGACUCCCGAGAUCCCAUGUACAGGAGAGAAGGCUCUUACGACCGAUACCUGCGAAUGGAUGACUACUGCAGGAGGAAGGAUGACUCUUACUUUGACCGUUACAGAGAUAGCUUUGAUGGACGAGGCCCUCCAGGCCCAGAAAGUCAGUCUCGUGCAAAAGAGCGUUUGAAACGUGAGGAACGGCGUAGAGAAGAGCUUUAUCGUCAGUAUUUUGAGGAAAUCCAGAGACGCUUUGAUGCUGAGAGGCCUGUUGAUUGUUCUGUGAUUGUGGUCAACAAGCAGACUAAAGAUUAUGCUGAAUCUGUGGGGCGGAAGGUUCGAGACCUAGGCAUGGUAGUGGACUUGAUCUUCCUCAACACAGAGGUGUCACUGUCACAAGCCUUGGAGGAUGUUAGCAGGGGAGGGUCUCCCUUUGCUAUUGUCAUCACCCAGCAACACCAGAUUCACCGCUCCUGUACAGUCAACAUCAUGUUUGGAACCCCACAAGAGCAUCGCAACAUGCCCCAGGCAGAUGCCAUGGUGCUGGUGGCCAGAAAUUAUGAGCGCUAUAAGAACGAGUGCCGGGAGAAGGAACGCGAGGAGAUUGCCAGACAGGCGGCCAAGAUGGCCGAUGAAGCCCUCCUCCAGGAAAGAGAGCGGGGAGGCCCUGAGGAGGGACUGCGCGGGGGGCACCCUCCAGCCAUCCAGAGCCUCAUCAACCUGCUGGCCGACAACAGGUACCUCACUGCUGAAGAGACUGACAAGAUCAUCAACUACCUUCGAGAGCGGAAGGAGCGGCUGAUGAGGAGCAGCGCCGACUCUCUGCCUGGCCCGAUUUCCCGUCAACCACUCGGGGCGACCUCGGGUGCCUCACUGAAGACACAGCCAAGCUCCCAAACGCUCCAGAGCGGCCAAGUGCUCCCCUCUGCUACACCCACUCCAGCGGCACCCCCCACCUCCCAGCAAGAGCUUCAGGCCAAAAUCCUCAGCCUCUUCAAUAGUGGCACGGUUGCGGCCAAUAGCAGCUCUGCAUCCCCCUCAGUUGCUGCCGGAAACACCCAGAACCAGAAUUUUUCCAUAGCAGCGAACAGCCAGCCUCAGCAAAGAUCACAGGCCUCUGGCAAUCAGCCUCCAAACAUUUUGGGACAGGCAGGAUCUGCUCGGAACAUGGGCCCCAGGCCUGGGGCUCCUUCCCAAGGGCUCUUUGGCCAGCCUUCCACUCGCCUGGCACCCGCCAGCAACUUGGCUAGCCAGAGGCCCGUGUCUUCCACAGGAAAGGAAAACAGGACUUGUGAAGAGGCCUUUCCUGGCCAAAGGCGAAUGGAGAGUGGGGUGCUCUCCUGUUUUGAUUUUGUCUCACUUGCCGCCCUCUGUCCAGCCCAUUAUGCAAGGAGUUGGCAGAAGCAGAGUCACAGCCCACCACUUCAGCCCAGGAGUGCUCAGGACCCCAGAAGGCUAGACCCAGCUGCGUCUGUCAGAGGGAGGUUCUUUGGAGGAUGAGCGUGGGGAGUGCUGGUGUCUGAUACCUCCGACUUCUGAUUACUACCCGGAAGAAUCUAUCCAGCCCCCUGAUCAAAUUUCAGAGGGGCCUUGGCCUAACCGGCAGACAUCCAAACCUACCUCCAGCCACACCUGGCCCAGUCUAGGUGGCACCAGCUCCACUCCAGCUCUGCCUUGGGCUCAAAGGAAAGGAGGUGGUGAGGUCAGGAGUACCCAGUAGCCUCAGCUCUGGGAGGUGGGCAGGAUGUCUAACUAGAUGCAAAGUUCAGGGCCCUGGGGCUGAAGGUACUGUACCCAGUCCCAGAGGGCGCUGGAACGAGCAUGCAGUGCCUGCCGCCCUUAGUAAGGUGCCCUGGGGGAAGGGAGCCCGGCCAAUGCGGUUUCCCUAAGGGUAGAGGGCACCUGCAACCGGGCUGGUGGAGCAGAAGCGCCAAGGACUGGUGUUGGAGAAGCCAAAGGCCUUGGCUCCUAGUUGGAGGAGGGCAGAGAGGCGCUAAGAACAAAGCACAUAGCGACUCCAGCCCUCCCCCACGCCCAGGUGCCUGGGAGACGCAGCUAGAGGCAGCGAGGCCGGCCCCGGGACGCGGAGAAGGCGGCUGGGUCCCCGAGGCCAGAGCUGCCAGAUGGACACAGAGGAGGGAACAUCAGGGACAGCGCUGGGGCCUCCCCGGUGAGUCCGGCCCCCAACCCAGAACCGCCCCCGCCUCCCUCAUCUGUCCCAGGGAGGAAACUCCAGGGGAAGGGACGCCCUCCAGCUCCCCGAUUUCAGUCUUUGGCGAAGAGCCAUGGGAUAGGAGGAGCAGGCGACAAGCCGAUUGAGGAGAGCCGCCUGCUCCCCCAGCGAAGGCACCGGGGCGGGGCUUCCUCGGUGGGGCGAGGGCCUCUCUCGGUUUCUCUUCCUUGAGGAGCGCCCCUCCCCUAUCCUGGCCCCAGCUUGCAUAAGAGCCGAUGAGAAGAGGCUGCGCCCGUCUCUGCAGCCACAGUGGAAGCUCACUCCGCUGGGAGGCGAAUCCAGGAAAAGCUGGACACUUGUCUCACUUCGUCUCCGAGAAGAACUAGAGGGAAGGGUCGGAAGCCAAGGGCGCGAGGAAAGGGUGAGGAGACGUCGAGGGGGUGUCGAGGGACCACGACUCCCGCCUGGGCCUAAAGCACUUUUGCUCUCAAAACUCUCGGACGUCAAGGAAAACCCAGCCUCCCGAGGCCUCCGCCUUCCCUGGGCGCCCCCAGCGGGAGAGCUCGACAGUGGCGAGAAGAGAAGUCCGUUGCGCUUCUAGUCACAGAAAUAUGGGGACGUUAAAAAUACACGCGAUGUCUCCUGUACACUAUGUAUAGGCUCGGCCGGCCGGCGCCUGCGGCCGCGCGAAGACAAGUGACGUAGACGGCGGAGCGCGGCCUCCCCACCCCGCGCCCUCCGGGCCGCCGGGGGAGGGGUGCAGAGCGAGGACGGGGCGGGGCGCGGGAAGAGAGGGAAAGGGCCGCGCGGACUACCGGGGUUCCUCAAAGCCCCAGCUCCGCUCCUCUCUGCGCCUCCUCCGACCUUUAUUGCAGCGUCUCCUCCGGCGGGGCGAGGCCGGGCUUAGAAAAAGGGCAGCCGGGGCCGACAGGGCGACGCGCCAACGGGGCGCUCGGGGCUCUGGUCUCCGCGCGGGGCGGUCCUCUCCGAGUCAGCCCCGACCGACGUGGCCUCCGGGCUUCAGGCAGCGGGGAAGGGGGCCAGGGCGCGGGCACAGGGUCUGUAUGUAAACGGUGACAGCGGCGGGGGGCGCGGCGAGGGCUCCGGGGCCGCGCGGGCCGGACGCGCUCGGGCCCGGGUGGCAGGUCCUGGCUCUCAGGAGUAGAUGGUGAUGACCUCGCGGCCGCCGCCGCGGACCAGCAUCACCCGGUCCAGGUGCUCGGUGAGGACCUCGAGGAACUCCAUGU